CCUCGCUCAUGCCGGAAUCAGGCCGUGGCCGCCUCGUGCCUCCGACCGGCGGGGAAGCUACGGGCGGGGCCUGGGCAGCCACGGAUCGUGACGUCAGGCCCCGAGUCCGCCCCGCCCGCAGGCCAAGGGGUGCGGCUGCGCGGCCAGCGGCUCUUCCCGGCGCCCCCCCCUCCGCUCUGGACCCCGCUGUUGGGGACCCGGGAGCCAACAGCCGCCCUAGGCCCCCGAGCGGCUCAGGAGGACCCGGUGAGGACAGCGCGGCCCGCGGGUGCUCUGGGCGCGGCAGGGAAGCCGGGAAAGCGCUAGGGAAAGGAUGGGCGGUGGCUGAUGAUGGAGACCGGCGGAGAACGGACCGGCGGCUGAGCCAGGGGUCUGCAUCUGCGUGGCCAGGUGGGUGGAUGCGAGAGGCCCAGUCCUGCUGGUUCUCCAGAGGCCACCGGGUCGCGGCAGGCACCAUGCUGUCCCCUCAGCGGGCGUUACUCUGCAACCUCAACCACAUCCACCUCCAGCACGUCUCCCUGGGCCUGCACCUGUCCCGCCGCCCCGAGCUGCGGGAGGGGCCUUUGAGCGCGUCCCCUCCCCCGGGCGACACCGGGGGCAAGGAGAGCAGCGGCCCCUGCGGCGGGACCUUGGUGGACGCCAACUCCAACAGCCCCGCAGUGCCCUGCCGGUGCUGCCAGGAGCACGGGCCGACGCAGAAUCAGCCGGGCCCGACGCAGGAGGAGCACGGCGUGGCCUCGCCCUCCGACCCCGGCUGCUCAUCCUCGCUCAGCUCCUGCUCUGACCUCAGCCCCGAUGAGUCCCCCGUCUCCGUCUACUCCCGGCACCGGCCUGGCGAGGAGGAUGCCCACUACCAGCCCAGCGUCGUCCCCUUGGAGCAGGGCUUCCCACUGGCCUUGGCGGUCCCGGGCACCUGCUCCCCAGACAGCUUCUGCUGCUCCCCCGAUUCCUGCUCCGGAGCUUCCUCCCCACCCGGGCCUGGCCUCGACUCGAACUGCAACGCCCUGACCGCCGGCCAGGGCCUCCCCUCGCCGGGCCUGGAGGAGGAGGACGAUGGAGGGGAGCAGGACCUCCCCGCCUCCGAGCUCUCCGAGGAGGAGGAUGGGAAGAUCGGUGCCGGGAGAACAGAGCCUAGUUGGAAAAUUAACCCCAUUUGGAAAAUUGAUACAGAGAAAACUGAAGCUGCGUGGAAAAUCACAGAGAACAAUAACUGUGGUUGGAAAAUCAGCGGAAAUACUGACUCGGGCUGGAAAACGGAACCUGGAGAAUGCCAUGGUUGGAACAGCAACACAGGAACAGCCGAUUCUGGCUCGAAAACGGACGCGGGGAAAGCGGCCGGGGGCCGGAGGAGUGACGUGGUCGAGGAGCCGGCGCCCCACCGGACCGUAACGUCCUUCCACGAGCUGGCCCAGAAGCGCAAGCGGGGCCCGGGGCUGCCCCUCGUGCCGCAGGCCAAGAAAGACCGCAGCGACUGGCUCAUCGUGUUCUCGCCCGACUCGGAGCUGCCCCCCGGCGGCUCGCUGAGCGGCUCCUCCGUGCCCCCGCGCGAGGUCACCACCUUCAAGGAGCUCCGGUCCCGCAGCCGCGCCCCGCCCCCGGCGGUCCCGCCCCGGGACCCCCCGGCCGGCUGGGCCCUGGUCCCGCCCCGCCCUCCGCCGCCGCCCGUCCCUCCGCGGAGGAAGAAGAACCGGCCGGGGCUGCAGCCCAUCGCCGAGGGGCAGCCGGAGGAGGCCAGCGCAGCGAGCCCCGCGGCGGGCGAGGAGGUCCCGGGAGCGCAGGAGGCGGAGCAGCCCGGCCCGCGAGCCGGCCGCGAGGCCGGUCCCCUCCCGCUCCCGGGGCCCCGGGUUCUCCGGUUCUCGGCCGACGGGCGCCCCCUGUUGGAGGGCGGGGGCGCGGGCGCAGCUGGGUCCCCGCCCGGGGCGCCUCGGGCCGGGUGGCCGCUGGAGGAGCCGAGCCCCCCCUUGGAGCAGCUGCUUCCGGCGCGCCUGUCCCCGGUGGGCGCGUACGCGCCCCCCGCCCGGGGCGCCCUGCCCUGCCUGGACAGCCCCGAGCUGGCGCUGCUGCUGUCCCCGCUCUUCCCCAGGAAUAGCGCCUUCCCCGCCGCGGCCCCCCCGCCGCCUCGGCCGCCGCGCCCGCUGAAGGCCCCGCACCGGACCCGGAUCCCGCCACCCGCGCCCAGGCUACUGCGCAGUUCCUGGUCAUUCGCCGGCGUCCCCGGGGCCCAGCGCCUGUGGAUGGCAGAAGCCCAGGGUGGAGCUGGGCAACUGCAGGAGCAGAAGAAAGGCCUCCUGAUAGCUGUCAGCGCCUCGGUGGACAAAAUCAUCUCGCACUUCGGGGCUGCCCGCAACUUGGUCCAGAAGGCCCAGCUGGGAGACAGCCGGCUGAGCCCGGACGUGGGGCACCUGGUGCUGAGCACCCUCUGCCCGGCCCUCCACGCCCUGGUGGCUGACGGGCUGAAGCCUUUCCGGAAGGAUCUCAUCGCCGGGCAGCGCACGUGCAGCCCCCUGAGUCUGGUGCACGGAUCUGUGAAGCCAGGGUGCAGCACGCGGGCCCUGGGAUCCCUGUACAGCCAGGUCAGCCGCCUGGCCCCUCUGAGUAGCAGCCGCAGCCGCUUCCAUGCCUUCAUCCUGGGCCUCCUCAACACCAAGCAGCUGGAGCUGUGGUUUUCCAGUCUCCAGGAAGAUGCAGGCCUGCUGUCUGUCCUGUACCUGCCCACCGGAUUCUUCUCCCUGGCUUGGGGCGGCUGCCCAUCCCUGUCCACAGAGCUGCUGCUUCUGCUGCAGCCCUUGUCGGUGCUCACCUUCCAUCUGGACCUGCUCUUUGAGCACCACCACCACCUGCCCCUGGGCCCGCCGCAGGCUCCUGCCCCUCAGGUCCCCCCUCCGGCCCUGCAGCAGACUGUGCAGGCUGUGCUGCACUGGGGGGGCCGCCUGGCCCAGAGUCUCCGGGGGGCCGCUCCUGCCCCUUCUGCCCCUUCGAGUCCUACAUCAGGCAGCUGGUGGGAGCAGCUGAGCCAGGCCUCCCAGGUCUAUGCCUCUGGGGGUUCCGAGGGUUUCCCUCUUCUCCGGUGGGGACCCAGGCGUCACGGAACUGCAGCUGAGAGUGCGCAGGAAAGACCCCUGGCCGCAGAGGAAGCAGCCCCAGGCAGAGGCGCGUGGCUGGGGAGACUAUUUGGCGUGCCCGGGGGCCCCACAGAGAAUGAGAGCGGAGGCCAGAAGUCCAGGAGGCCAUCCAGCUGGCUCCCCCCGGCGGUGAGUGUGUUGGCUCUGGUGAAGCGGGUCCCGCCCCACGAGACGCCUUCUCCCAAGGAGCUUGAGGCCUCAGCACCCGGCGCGGCUCAGGCCCACAGGGCGGUUCGGGCUCUGUGUGACCACACUGCUGCGGGACCCGACCAGCUGAGCUUCCAGCGCGGGGAGGUGCUGCGCGUCGUGGGCACCAUGGGCGAGGACUGGCUCCGCUGCGGACGCGACGGCGCGGAGGGGCUGGUGCCCGUGGGGUACACCUCCCUCGUGCUCUAGCCGCCCCCAUCCCUCCUGGUGUCCCGGCACGGGCACGGUCCCAGCAGCAUUUUUGCCGCCUGCACAAUGACACAUCCAUUUCUGCUAUUUAAAAUAAAUUUUACUUCUUCCCCCCAUGCCCAUCUGUAAGGUGAAACCUGCUCCCCCAGCGUGUAGGAAGGAGCCCUCCGUGCAGCCCCGUCCCUCUCCCGAAGUCCGCCCCGAGUGCCCUGCCCACUCCACUCCACCGGGCCCUGGUCUCUGACCCCACCUGCACUCCCUCUGUACUCCUGCCGGCCGCUCAAACCUGGGCGUCCGGGGGUGAGCCUGUGGUAUGGUGUUUCCUCGUCUGUCCCAAUAAAGCACAGGAGUCGAA